AUGGACUUAGAUAUCAGGUGGACGAGGAAGAUGAGGGCUAUGUCUGGUAUUCCUAGGGUCAGGUGGGGUGCAUUGACUAAGGAUAAGUCCCAGGAGUUGGGGGAGAAGUUGUUGAGAGGCGGCGAGAGAGGUGUUCGGGGUCUCAAAGGGAUUUCUGGUGGCCAUAAAGGGGACCAGUGGUGGAACGAAGAGGUACAAGAAAAAGUGGAAGCAAAGAAAGUGACAUAUUUAAAGCUAGUAGAGAGUAUAGACGAGGGACAGAAGAGUGCCAACAGGAAAGGGCUAGCAAAGGUGAGGGAGAGGAAGGCUCGGGGAUCUGGACCAAGUGAGAUGCAUAAAAGAAGAGGAGGGAAGAGUUUUAUUGGAAAGGGCACAGAUCAGGCAGAGAUGGCAGGCUCGGCUACUGAGGCCAUUCACAUUGUGAGGAGAUUGGUAGAGCGGUAUAGGGCGGUGAAGAAUUAUUUGCAUAUGGUGUUCAUGGACCUGGAGAAAGCCUAUGACAAAGUACCAAGAGAGGUUCUAUGGAGAUGUUUGGAGUCGGGAGUUGUGCUUGUAGCAUAUAUUAGAGUGAUUCAGGAUAUGUAUGAUGGGGCUAAGACACGGGUGAGGACAGCAGGAGGAGACUUUGACUACUUUUCGGUUGAGAUAGGGUUGCAUCAGGGAUCAGCACUCAGUCCGUUUUUGUUUUCCUUGUCGAUGGAUUCUUUGACGCGUCACAUUCAAAGGGAGGUGCCUUAG